AACUACUCCAUCAACUACUGGAUCUCCCAUGGAGCACCUCGAAGCAAAAUUGUCCUCGGCCUGGGCAGCUAUGGGCGCUCCUUUACGCUAAGUCGAGCGAAUGUAAACGGGCUGGGGGCGCCGGCGCCGCAGAAGGGCCAGGCGGGGCCGUACACUCGAGAGGGCGGCUCGCUGGGCUACAAUGAGAUCUGUGAGAUGCAACAACGCGACCCCGCGGCGAUGACCAUCGUCUGGGACCGCCACCACCUCGCCCCCUACGCCUACUGGGGCCGCCAGUGGGUGGGCUACGACAAUGUCCGCUCUAUUACCCUGAAGGCGGCCUACGCGCGGGCGAUGGGCCUCGGCGGGGCGAUGCUCUGGUCGCUGGAGACGGACGACUUUGCGAACCGGUGCGGCGGUGGGCGGUACCCGCUGCUCAACGCCGUCAAGAGGGUCUUUGCGGAGGAGGAGGUGCCGCCGCUGCCGCUUCCUGGAGCUGGCGAAGAAGAAAGUAGUUCGACCACGAGUACCACGUCGACGAGAAGGCCGAGCACUUCUUCGACGACGACGACGAGAAGGCCGACAACGACAACUUCAACAACCACGACCACAACUACAACGACAACAGAAAGGCCAACUAGGACAACGCCAACGACGACGACGACGACAACCACUUCUCAAAGACCCUCUUCGACUUCCACUUCCACAACUUACAGACCGGAAACNUAG